UCGGGGUCUUUUAUAUAUAACAGGGAACCGUAUCACUACUGCCCAGUUAAUCUCCAGUCCCCUCAACCGGAAGAUAUCGUCCACUCUUCACGGAAUUGGCCUACAGUUGUGCGAGUUGGGCGCGAAAAUAUACUCAAUCGAGUCUUCACUCUUAACAACGGAGUUGUCAAGAUACACAGUGGUCUUUCAUCGAGCAGUCUUUCAAGUAGAACCAACACGUGGUCGAUCUAGAUGUCGCGUCGAGUUGUGUCUUCUACUCGGGAGAAUAAACGGAUAAGGAUAGAUGGAAAUCCGAAAAUGGAGGAGAACGCCCUUAAGGUCUUCCGCAUCACAUUCGAGUCGGGCAGCCUUUUUAGUGUCCGGUGUGAAAAAACUCAUCAGUGUGGGAUUUAACAUAAACCGUAUAAUCGAUCGGGAAACAGGAUUGAGCAUCUUACACUACGCGGUGAAAUCAACCGAUUUCCAAUUUAUUACAUUUCUACUGAGUGUUAACGCGGAUCCAAACAAUCCAGACAAAAACGGACGGACGCCUUUGCAUUAUUCCGUCUUCAAUAACCUACCUACCCGCCUAUGUGAAACUUCUGGUUAAGAACGGUGCCGACCCGAACCGCGAGUGCAACGAACAUCUUACACCAACAGCACUCGCCAUCAUCGAAGACAAUUCAGAGAUGCUGACACUCCUAAUAUCUCUCGGAGCCGACCCUGACCGUAUCGUAGAGUUGGAUGGCGAGCAGGUGACGCUUCUGCAGCUCGCAGUGAGUUUGUACAAUUUUAAAAUCGUACGGCUGUUGUUGGAGAAUGGUGCGGAUCCAGACAAAAGUGCCCCCGCGACGGGAGAAACAGCGUUACACGUCGCCGCACGCGCCCGUCCACUCGAGAGAAGAAAGCUGAUAGCUCUGCAAUCCACGUUGUACACAUUGAUUGCGCGCGGCGCCUCACUCGAGACGACACGAAACGAUGGUUUUACCCCAUUACAGGUGGCCAUAUUGUAUAGGAGAUAUGAUGAGGCAAGGAUUUUAAUCAUCGGCGGAUCAAGACUGAACAGUACAAUCGAACGAGGUGAAUUUCGGGGGCGUACGUCAUUUCAUUUAGCUGCAAGUUCGCUGGACGUCGAUUUGAUCGAUCUCUGUUUGAAGUAUGGAGCCGACGUGAACGUGUGUGACAGGCACGACGGGAUAGACCUUCCGGCCAGUACUUUGAUGGCCGCGAUAUACGAUUUUAAAGAUAAAGGAGUGGACAAUUCCGAAGUCGUGGUGGAAAUUUUAAAAAUGUUCACGAGGUGCAACUUUCCAGUCAAUGUUAUACAGGAUUUUUGGGAGUGUGUUAAAAUAUUUACAUUAAAAAUAAAAUCUAGAAUUGUCUUUAAAAUGUUGGAUUCUGCACUAAACACGCAAAAUGACUUUUUAAUCAAAUUGAUGCACCGGGAUGUAAGGUGUAUUGAGAAGAUCGUCGCAGCGGGUGCCGAACUAAGGUGUUGCAGCCUAGGAACCCCGUUUCCUCUCAAUUAUAUCGCCUCGAAAGGGGACGCGAGGAUAAUGAUAAUACUUCUGAGCGGAGGCGUACAGACAAACCGCUUGGAUGAAAGCGGAGAGACCGCCCUGCACAAAGCGGCGAGUAUGGGUUACGUCGACUGCUGUCGUCUGUUGCUGGAGUAUGGGGCGAUAUACAACUACAAAAGUCGUCACAAGUGUCAUAGGACGCCCGCACAGUUGGCGAAGUUCGUUGGGCACACGGGGGUGACAUCGUUGUUGUCCACCAUUGACAGAUAUUCCAAGCGACUGCAGAUUGGUAAAUUUAAACAGCCCAACCCCGACGACGAACUGUUUACUGCCGUUAUGAACUGUCGUUCCAGUGGAGGAACCACCCUGCUAGGAAGCGCCGUCCACCUCGCAUUGAAAAGAGAAGCCGAAAUUUUGAUGGGUCUAAGGUUAGGAAUGAGUGAUGCCGCUGCAGAUACGAUACACGUGGUUCCAUUUCUCACAUGGCAGGUGUGCGACGGCUUCCAGAACAAAUACGCUCUCAUCGGCUUCCAGAGGUUAUGGAAAAAGAACCUUUACGCACCCGAUAGAUUUUUCAAAACGAAGAUGUACGAAAGUAUCAAGGAACUACGUUGGGACACAAAGAUGUUAACAGUAAAGGGAAACGACGGUCACGAACAGUCUAACCAUCGUCUGGGCUCGGACGUGAGACGAGGAGAUGUGACAAAAACGGACGGACGCCUUUGCAUUAUUCCGUCUUCAAUAACCUACCUACCCGCCUAUGUGAAACUUCUGGUUAAGAACGGUGCCGACCCGAACCGCGAGUGCAACGAACAUCUUACACCAACAGCACUCGCCAUCAUCGAAGACAAUUCAGAGAUGCUGACACUCCUAAUAUCUCUCGGAGCCGACCCUGACCGUAUCGUAGAGUUGGAUGGCGAGCAGGUGACGCUUCUGCAGCUCGCAGUGAGUUUGUACAAUUUUAAAAUCGUACGGCUGUUGUUGGAGAAUGGUGCGGAUCCAGACAAAAGUGCCCCCGCGACGGGAGAAACAGCGUUACACGUCGCCGCACGCGCCCGUCCACUCGAGAGAAGAAAGCUGAUAGCUCUGCAAUCCACGUUGUACACAUUGAUUGCGCGCGGCGCCUCACUCGAGACGACACGAAACGAUGGUUUUACCCCAUUACAGGUGGCCAUAUUGUAUAGGAGAUAUGAUGAGGCAAGGAUUUUAAUCAUCGGCGGAUCAAGACUGAACAGUACAAUCGAACGAGGUGAAUUUCGGGGGCGUACGUCAUUUCAUUUAGCUGCAAGUUCGCUGGACGUCGAUUUGAUCGAUCUCUGUUUGAAGUAUGGAGCCGACGUGAACGUGUGUGACAGGCACGACGGGAUAGACCUUCCGGCCAGUACUUUGAUGGCCGCGAUAUACGAUUUUAAAGAUAAAGGAGUGGACAAUUCCGAAGUCGUGGUGGAAAUUUUAAAAAUGUUCACGAGGUGUAUUGAGAAGAUCGUCGCAGCGGGUGCCGAACUAAGGUGUUGCAGCCUAGGAACCCCGUUUCCUCUCAAUUAUAUCGCCUCGAAAGGGGACGCGAGGAUAAUGAUAAUACUUCUGAGCGGAGGCGUACAGACAAACCGCUUGGAUGAAAGCGGAGAGACCGCCCUGCACAAAGCGGCGAGUAUGGGUUACGUCGACUGCUGUCGUCUGUUGCUGGAGUAUGGGGCGAUAUACAACUACAAAAGUCGUCACAAGUGUCAUAGGACGCCCGCACAGUUGGCGAAGUUCGUUGGGCACACGGGGGUGACAUCGUUGUUGUCCACCAUUGACAGAUAUUCCAAGCGACUGCAGAUUGGUAAAUUUAAACAGCCCAACCCCGACGACGAACUGUUUACUGCCGUUAUGAACUGUCGUUCCAGUGGAGGAACCACCCUGCUAGGAAGCGCCGUCCACCUCGCAUUGAAAAGAGAAGCCGAAAUUUUGAUGGGUCUAAGUCGGGCAGCCUUUUUAGUGUCGGGUGUGAAAAAACUCAUCAGUGUGGGAUUUAACAUAAACCGUAUAAUCGAUCGGGAAACAGGAUUGAGCAUCUUACACUACGCGGUGAAAUCAACCGAUUUCCAAUUUAUUACAUUUCUACUGAGUGUUAACGCGGAUCCAAACAAUCCAGACAAAAACGGACGGACGCCUUUGCAUUAUUCCGUCUUCAAUAACCUACCUACCCGCCUAGUGAAACUUCUGGUUAAGAACGGUGCCGACCCGAACCGCGAGUGCAACGAACAUCUUACACCAACAGCACUCGCCAUCAUCGAAGACAAUUCAGAGAUGCUGACACUCCUAAUAUCUCUCGGAGCCGACCCUGACCGUAUCGUAGAGUUGGAUGGCGAGCAGGUGACGCUUCUGCAGCUCGCAGUGAGUUUGUACAAUUUUAAAAUCGUACGGCUGUUGUUGGAGAAUGGUGCGGAUCCAGACAAAAGUGCCCCCGCGACGGGAGAAACAGCGUUACACGUCGCCGCACGCGCCCGUCCACUCGAGAGAAGAAAGCUGAUAGCUCUGCAAUCCACGUUGUACACAUUGAUUGCGCGCGGCGCCUCACUCGAGACGACACGAAACGAUGGUUUUACCCCAUUACAGGUGGCCAUAUUGUAUAGGAGAUAUGAUGCGGCAAGGAUUUUAAUCAUCGGCGGAUCAAGACUGAACAGUACAAUCGAACGAGGUGAAUUUCGGGGGCGUACGUCAUUUCAUUUAGCUGCAAGUUCGCUGGACGUCGAUUUGAUCGAUCUCUGUUUGAAGUAUGGAGCCGACGUGAACGUGUGUGACAGGCACGACGGGAUAGACCUUCCGGCCAGUACUUUGAUGGCCGCGAUAUACGAUUUUAAAGAUAAAGGAGUGGACAAUUCCGAAGUCGUGGUGGAAAUUUUAAAAAUGUUCACGAGGUGCAACUUUCCAGUCAAUGUUAUACAGGAUUUUUGGGAGUGUGUUAAAAUAUUUACAUUAAAAAUAAAAUCUAGAAUUGUCUUUAAAAUGUUGGAUUCUGCACUAAACACGCAAAAUGACUUUUUAAUCAAAUUGAUGCACCGGGAUGUAAGGGGUAUUGAGAAGAUCGUCGCAGCGGGUGCCGAACUAAGGUGUUGCAGCCUAGGAACCCCGUUUCCUCUCAAUUAUAUCGCCUCGAAAGGGGACGCGAGGAUAAUGAUAAUACUUCUGAGCGGAGGCGUACAGACAAACCGCUUGGAUGAAACCGGAGAGACCGCCCUGCACAAAGCGGCGAGUAUGGGUUACGUCGACUGCUGUCGUCUGUUGCUGGAGUAUGGGGCGAUAUACAACUACAAAAGUCGUCACAAGUGUCAUAGGACGCCCGCACAGUUGGCGAAGUUCGUUGGGCACACGGGGGUGACAUCGUUGUUGUCCACCAUUGACAGAUAUUUCAAGCGACUGCAGAUUGGUAAAUUUAAACAGCCCAACCCCGACGACGAACUGUUUACUGCCGUUAUGAACUGUCGUUCCAGUGGAGGAACCACCCUGCUAGGAAGCGCCGUCCACCUCGCAUUGAAAAGAGAAGCCGAAAUUUUGAUGGGUCUAAGGUUAGGAAUGAGUGAUUGGCAGGUGUGCGACGGCUUCCAGAACAAAUACGCUCUCAUCGGCAUCCAGAGGUUAUGGAAAAAGAACCUUUAA